AUGUCGAUGCUUCCGGAAGCAUCCUUCCGCAAGCUUCCGGAAGCCACUUCCGCGUUCAUGUCGCGGUCGACUGCCGCAGGCUUCUGCUUAGGCGGUGCGCAAGCGGCGAAUGAUGCGGCAAUGGUGCAGAGUCAGAUUAUUGAUGAGAUGUUGGAGACAUCGCACGCGGCAAAGACUUCACGGCCCGACACGUUGCGAACGCAGCAGAUGUAUGUGGCGCCGCCUGCGAUGCCGCAAGCGGCAUUUUCCGCGUCGCAGAACCCCGCCAUGUUUAUGUCAAUGAUCCCCAUGGCGCAAAGUUUGAUGACCCCGGAUUUUACGCCGGUACGCAGACAAUUGGACGAAAUGACCAGGCGGUAUGUGCAUUUUUGAAAUCUCCUCGAAAAAUCCGACAGAAUCAUAUAUAAUUUAGCUAUAUUUGAGAGUGCACCACAAAUGCGUCAGCACCAAAUUUGCGUCAGCAAAAUAUUAUCUUGUGAAGUUAAGACUAUUUUUGAAAUCCUCACGUGUUCCUGAGUAUUUUGACACCAAACAUGACCAGCUUUCUUGAGGUACCAGAAAUGCGCCAGCAAGACCUAUAGGGCUUGCUGACGCAUUUCUGGUGCAACACCAAAAAUAGUCGUGUUUGGUGUCAAAAUACUCAGGAACAUGUGAAGAUCACGAAAAUGCUAUUUGUUGACGUAUUUUUGGUAUCUACCAAAAAUGCGUCAGCACCAAAUUGACGUCAAUCUUGAGUUUUUCGAAAUUUCUAUGGAAAUUUCGUAAUAUCCAGAACUUAACGGUUAUUUUGACACCAAACACGGUAGAAUUUGAGAGAUCUACCAAAAUUGCGUCAGCAAGACCUAUAGGGCUUGCUGACGCAUUUCUCGUGCACCUCUAAAAAUAGCCGUGUUUGGUGUCAAACAGAUUGGAAUACCUUGGAGAGCAUGAAAAUCAUACUUAUUUUUGCUGACGUAUUUCGGGUGCUGGCGCAAAUUUUGUACCCCAUCAUGUUUGGUGUCAAAAAAUCCCAAAUUUUCUUUCAGCUCCCUUCCACCCUCCCGUCUUCCCACUCUCCCGUCAGUUCCCGAACUCGGCUCGCCAAAUUGUCAACACGAGGAAAAUCUGAUGACUCAAAGUCGACUCUUCCAGCAAUUUUCAGCCGGUCAGAAAGGUUGGUAUGCACACAAUUUUUUCAUAGGGGACACCAAAAAAUACAAGAAUUGCUCAUAUUAA